CAGUUUUCAGUUUACAACUGUCAAUAGGCCAAUUUAUCAGUGUAGUAUAUCGUGUUUCAGGAAACAUAAACAGGAUGUUGAGCUUUAAGUUUUGAAUUGAAUGACAAGUUAAGAUGUACAUUUGAAGUGAGUUGUAACGGGAUACUGUGAAGUAUUAUUUGUGCAGUAUUUAUAAUGGUCAUAGGCGGAAUUCAACGCGCUUGAAGUGUUAUUGAAAUAAAAUAUACCUUAUAUAUUAACUAAGGUUCUUUCCUCUGUGGAAUGUAAUAUAAACUACACCUCACUGAGUCAUUGUAUCAGUUGUCUUGAAAUAUAUUUUACGACUACUACGUGAACUAAAAUGCAAGUAUAUUUCAACUGUGUUUACAUUUUUUCGUUUGUACAAAUCCAUUUGCACUUAACCUACCGAACAUAUGCAACGGUAAACGGGUUUAUUUAAUGAGAUAUGCUAAUGAUUUAACGGUUUUUAUGAACUAACCAAACGUUUGCGGUUUACACAUAUGACUGUUCUUUAGCAAUUCGAAGUUGGAGAGAAAGCGAGAGAGAGAGAGAGAGAGAGAGAAACGACCCCCACAAAGUUGGAAGUAACCGAUCUAUAUAGGAAGUGCUGAUUAUAGUUAAAGAGACAUGGACGAGAGCCCGUUACAAGCUAGCGAUGGGCGGCGGUUUAAAGAGGGGCGACCAUUGCUAUACUCUGUAUUCUUGAGAAGCGCUCCGAACACACGAGAUGCAAGGCAUUAUGGCGCCGACCAGCAGUCAUCUUUCCAAUAAACAUGCUGGACCAUUGUUCGGACAAUUUCGGAUACAUGAUGUCAUUUGGAAGUAUCGCUGGAUAUUGUUACGUGCUCUUCAACAUCAGAGGACUAUUAAGCGCUGGUCCAGCUUGGUAUCAAAGUUAUACGUUCACUUUAUGCUUGUCAUAAACUGUCCAAACGGAGGAGAAAACGGUUUAACGGGCCAAGAAAUUGCGAAGCAAAUUCCGGUGCUCGUGUGUACAAUCGGUCUUGCAUUCCGGUACCUGUACGUCCUGAUACGGAACAGCAUCCGGGCAAUUAAAGCUCGAUCAGCGGGACCAUUUAUCGAACGCGUUGAACGUCGAAAGUACGGCACUCCAUAUAACAUCCAGUACGUUAAGAACCUGUUGGCGGGCACGAAGUUAUAUCAGAACAUGUCAUUCGACGCCUUGGACGGCGAACCAAGCUGGAAAACAAAGAUUCGUGCACUUUUGCGCCAGUAUAUCUACGUAAAUGACCCGACAUUAAAAUAUUCGCCGAGGAUCAUUGGCAUUUUCACAGUAGCCUUGAUAUGUUCAUACCAGUUCGGUAUUAUAAUCGUACUGGGAUCCUACCAGCUUGAGAAGUUGGUGCAGUUCCUGUACCCAAACACGACGGCCGAAGGCAACAGUACCGUCGACGACAGCGGUUGUUCGUUCCUCAGACUUAUGGUCAAUACGGUCAACGUGUCGGCCUUGUUGUCUUUUAUACUGUCGUCCCUGUUGACCCUGUUUUCAAUCUUCCAAAUUCUCACCAACUACCGCCACAAUAUCAAGCUGAUGUUUAAAGGCAUAUUCAACCAUUUGCCCUUGACCGCGAAGACAGAAACGCUGUGUUUGUGUUGUCUGACAGCAUGGCCUAUGCAGGUUCACAAAUAGCGUAUAUACUAUGGGGAUACAUCAUUGUGUGGGCUGUCCUGCUUUUGACGUUCUUUGCACUCGCCUACCUUAUCGUGCUGCCUGUGUUCGGACUAAUCUCUCGAGAUGUCCUGAAGUACAUGUGGAACCUUCUGUACGUCGUGCAUGUGACCCCCUUCUGGAACAAAUGGGAUUAAUGCAUACAUAUCAGGAGUUCUUAUUUUCUACGCCUUUACGUUGCUGCAAAAGUUAUUCUGUCGUGGACUUCUUCAGACCCGGAUAUCGGUUGAUUCGCAAAGAAAACAAGACACGUCCGUUAUUUUGGCUUUGGACAACAGGAAGAUAUUCCACAAUGUCACUUAUUUCACGUUCUUCUUCUACAUCGUGCUCGGCCUGUUCGGCUGUCUUCUCACCAUUAUUAAGGGCAUGAUCCUGGGCAUCAUGUACCUCUCCAGGCUGGACAAGUGUGGUCUCGUAAAUGGCUUCGAAACAUGGGAUAAAGGUUACAUGAACUACGUUAGUUUCCUCCAUUUCGAAGAGUGCCAUCGACACCCGGUCUGGUUGGUAUUUUGUGACAUUCUGAUUGACUGUAUGCCACAAAACCGGAACCAGGCUCGCCUCAACACAUACGGAACCGUUGAUGACGUUUCAACAGACGUCACUUAUUCCAGCUCUUGGACUGCGUUAGUAAGGCCGAGACGUCGUUGGUUGAAAGCGUACACUAUGGUGAGGAAUCCAUCUGUGAGAGCAAAACAGAUUGAAGCAGACUAUGACACGCUAGAGGACAUUGACAUUACUGAUCUUUCUGACCAGGCUAUCAUUGACGUAUCUAAUACUGACCUGCCAAACACUGGCGUUGCUCAUCAUGAUCAAACGGUCAUGCACAUGGAUCAUAACGAUAAAUCAGUGCUAGUUUAGUUGAUGUUGUUUUGUGGGGAGGGAGGUCAUAGUUUUGUAAAACGAUAAACUGUUAAGUGCCAGUGCAUACAGUUAAUUUUUUAUUUGCUUAAUUGUAUAUGUUUAUAUAUUCUUAAUUUAUAUAAAUUAUAUAUUUAUACAUUAAACUUCUAACAAUAACAUGAAUUGAGAAUCGUUUUUUUAAGCUUUCCAUAUUGCAGAUUUAGUACCAAUACUUUGAUACGGUAAAAUGUCUUUAGAUUUCCAUAUUGCAUAUUUAGUACCAAUGCUCUGAUACCGUAAACAUGUCUAAAGCUUUCCAUAUUGCAGAUUCUUAUAAAGAAGUGAAACUCCAGCUGCUGGAGCAGUAUUGAAUUCUCAUUAAAAACAAUUAGUUGGUCCUUUAUUUAAGGCAAGUGACCGAUUGCCCAAACAAUACAAAAACAGCACAAUACAGCACAAUACAAACCAACAUACACACAAAAUAGUACAAAUGCAUUGAUACGGUAAUCUGUCUUAAGCUUUCCCUACUGCAGAUUUUAUACCAAUACUUUGAUAUGGUAAACUGUCUUAUGCUGUCCAUAUUGCAGAUUAAGUACCAAUACUUUGAUACGGUGAAAUUCUUAAGCUUUCCAUAUUGCAGAUUUCGUACCAAUACUUUGAUACGGUACAAUGUCUAAAGAUUUCCAUAUUGCAGAUUUAGUACCAAUACUUUGGAACGGUAAAAUGUCUUAAGCUUUAUAUGUUGCAGAUUUAGUACCAAUACUUUGAUACGGUUAAAUGUCUUAAACGUUACCUACUGCAGAUUUAGUACCAAUACUUUGAUACGGUAAAAUGUCUUAAGCUUCCCAUAUUGCAGAUUUAGUACCAAUACUUUGAAACGGCAAAAUGUCUUAAAAACUUACCAUAUUGCAGAUUUAGUACCAAUAUUUUGAAACGGUAAAAUGUCUUAAGCUUUCCAUAUUGCAAAUUUUGUACCAAUACUUUGAUACGGUAAAAUAUAUUAAGCUUUUCAUAUUGCAGAUUUAUUUCCAAUACUUUGAUACGUUUAAAUGUUAAAAACUCUUGAACGAAAGUCUACAGACUAUUGAUUGAACAUGUAGUCAACAUUUUGUCAACGAUGCUAUUAUAAACGAAGGUCAGACAUAUAAUUCAAGAAAUGAUAAUAAUCAAAUAAAGAGAUGCCACAUGUUACACACAUUAAUAUCGGAUAAUUUAAAGCCGAAUUAAUAACAAUAAUUGUCAGAUAAACACUAAAGAUAUGCUAGUAGAAAUGAAAAAAGCGGCACGUGAGUGUUUUGAAAAUAAUACUUUUAACGAAUUAUACUUAAGUCAUAUAUAUUAAAUUAUAUGAUUGUACAUAGUUCACAUGAUAUCACACGUUUUGGUAAACAAAAUGAAAAAAACAUUGUUUUAGAUUUGUAAAUUGUCGUCGUAGUUAUGAUAUUUGUGAGGAAAUAGUAAUACUGAACAUUUACCAAAAUUACUAUGCUCUGCAAUGUCCAUAAUAUGCAUCUUUUGACGAUUUAAAAAACCUGAAAAUUAUAAAGCUUUGAAACGCGAAACGAUUGAAUAAUUGUAGAGAUCUGUAAUUGUCGUUAUAGUUUGUGACACUGCGAUGAUUGCUUAUAUAAUAGAUAAAAUACAUCACUCAUAGUAUGAUCAUGGAUGGCCGAGUGGUCUAUUCGUUAGACCUUUGCUACAGCAGUAAGAGGUUCGAGAUCAGUUGAGGGUUACUUUUUUCUUUCUUAAUUUAUUCUUCUUGUUUUACUGGAGAUUUUAGAUCUUAUGUCUAUAUUUAUCAAUAUAAGGCAUUUACUGACAAACUUCAAUACAUGACAAAAUCUGUGAAAAGGUCUAUUUAAAACACAACAUAAAGUAAAUAUCUCAACGGACGGCUAGUGGUGGUAUUUGCUUACAACGGUACGUACUACCUUACGUGCCUAAUGUAUAUUAUAUUUUUUAUUGUUAUCGCAUUCCUUUGUAAUACAAUUGUAUUUAUUCUGUAGCUUGUGAUUUAUCAUCAUAGUUUAUGUUAUAUAAUAAUGCUUAUGUAUACAUGAUACAAUAUAAUAUCA